AUGAGGAAAAUGGAGGGCUGGACUAUUGUUAUGUGCCUCUUAAGCACUACAUUUGCUAUUCCAUUGCCACAACAUCCUGGCUAUAUCAAUUUCAGUUACGAGGUGAUGACACCUUUAAAGUGGUACCAGAAACUAAUGGGACCCCAGUAUCCACAUUAUGCCUAUGAGCCCAUGGGAGGAUGGAUGCACCACCAUGCUGGGCCAGUGAUGCACCAAGCUCAUUAUCCAAUGCACCUCCAUCAAGUGCAGCCACAACAGCAGCCGUUUCCACACCCAAACCCACAAAUGCCGCAACCUGGUCAUGGUCAUAGCCCGUACGUGCCGAUGACUGGGCAAAACACAAUCAUGCCACAGUAUCAACCAAGUCAUGUGGGACCAGUUCAUCACUCGCUUCAACCACACGGAGGAGAGCACCCAAUGCACCAACUGCCACCAAGCAGUCCAAACCAGCCAAUGCACCCUCAGCAACCAGGGAAUCCAAACCAGCCGAUGUACCCAAUGGCUCCCCUGCCUCCAAUGAUACCAGAUACACCCCUUGAAUCAUGGCCACCAGCUGACAAGACCAAGCAAGAAGAAGUGGAUUAAAGGGGCCAGGAAACCAGAAUAAUGAAGAGUAUUUUAGGCACCUUCACUUGCUUUCAAAAACCCAUCGUUCUAC